CCUAAUUGUCCAUAAUUAGUAGAGCUGAAUAAAAAAGGGAAAUCAGACUACUUUGAUGAACCAUGUCUGAAACUCAAGCAGACAAGAAGCUGAUCAAAGACUGUUAGUCUUCUAUUUUUUUUUUCUUAUUUGAAUCUCUGGAUUCGUUGGUUUUGUUCCAAGUGUUGAGAUCAUAUCAGAUCAAUUCAGUCAAACGUGGAUGGAGGGGGGAACGUUGGCGCAGAUUUCCCGGGAACGGGUUCAGGAUGCUUUGACGAAAGGGACGGCCAGGUUGGAGCUAGAGAAUCGAGCUGCUCAAGGAUUGAUAAUUGAUCAUCUCCAAAAGGGAUUCAUGCGCUUUACUUUCGUCAUACCGCCUUCUGCAUCAGAUGCAAAUGGUAACUGGCAAGUGGGUGCAAUGGCAACGAUCAUCGACCUUAUUGCAUCAAUGGUCAUAUUCACUGAAACUGGAACAGCUCGAGGCCAAGUCACUAUGGAUUACAACAUUUCAUGUUAUUCAGCAGCUAAAACUCAGGAAGAAGUAGAGAUAGAUGCAAAAGUUAUAGGGAACAAGGGAAAGCUUACCUCAGUGGCAGUGGAGGUCAGAAGGAAAUACGACGGAGAGUUAAUUGCUGCUGCCAAGCAGUGGACUGCUUUUAACCAAUUUAAGGCAUCAUGGACCGUCCCACGUACCAAACUUUAACAUCUAUGUUAUUUACCUUAUUUUCUCCAUUUGGGAUACAUAUAUAAAAA